AUGAAAAUGAUCGAGAAAAAAACAAACGGUUCGGAACAUCAUAAGUCAUUAAAAGCCUUAAUUUUUGACCUGCUUUAUAACCGUUAUUAUGGGGUUAUUAUUUAUGUCCGUAUUUUUGAAGGAGAAUUGACCAAAGGACAAAAAAUUAAGUUCUAUACUAAUCAACAAAAAGUUUAUCAAGUCGAAAGAGUGGGAGUAAAAACCCCCAAAGAAACCUUAAAAGUCAAGUUAAUUGCAGGAGAAAUUGAAAAUCACAUUUCACCCUUAGAAGGUUAUCUAGAAAUAAAUCCUAAUGUUUACUCUAACUUAUAUCCUAGUGAUAGUUCUCAUUAUAAAGAGUUUAAAAAAUCCUUGGAGGAAUUACAAAUCCAAGAUAGUAGUUUAAGUUUGGAGGCAAUUGACUCUCAACUACUUGGUCCUGGCUUUCGUUGUGGCUUUUUGGGCUUAUUGCAUCGGGAAAUCAUUUGCGAAAGACUACAAAAGGAAUUCAAUUGCGAAAUCAUUACCACUCCACCCAGCAUUACUUACCGAGUUAUUUUUUCUAAUGGUGAGAUUUUGGAAACUAACAACCCCCAGAAGAUACCGACCAAGGACAAAAUAAAAAGUAUUGAAGAGUUAAUUAUUAAUCUGGAAAUUACGACACCCCAGGAACACUUAGGAGACAUUUCCCAAUUGUGCCAAAAUAAACGGGGCAUUUUUCAGUCGCAAGAAUGA